AUGGCUCGUGGCUCGAACAUUAUGUUGGCCAUUGUGCUUUUGCAAUCAGCAUUUGCAUAUAUUGCUAUGGCAAUUUUUAUUUCUAAUAGUUUCUACAAGAUGUGGUUUCUACAAAUAAGUCAAAAUAUUUCGGCCAAUGAUACCAUUUCAUUCUAUAAAGACGAAGUAUAUAGACAAUGGCUGGCGGCUGUAGUUUUUGCAUCUUUUACAUUUUUCAUAAACUUCUACGUCUUGGUCGUAACUUUGAUUUAUGAAUGGAAAGUACAAAAAGAAAACAGGGAAAUCAUGAACCGAAUUCGUCAGAAGAAUCGAUAUUCAAGAAUGAGAAAACAUAUAGCUAGUGACGUCAUGAGAUACUUAAUCAUUACGUUUCUGAUUUUGUUCGUUGCUGUGGGAUGUCUUGAUGCUGUUGAAUUACGUUAUUCUUAUGACCAUGAAGUGGAUAUAUGCAGAAACCUGCGAUAUGUGAAGCAUUUUUUAGUCGCUAUUUGUCUUCUUAUACCGUAUCUGAUUUACUGGUUGCGUCAGAGACAAUUUUACAAGUCAGAUUUACUGAAGCCAAUAUGCAACAAAUUUAUGCAAGUAUUGAGUUGGCUCGUCUUAGCUUUUAUGAUCAUUGGAAGAUCCCACCCCCUACUGCUGUUGCAAACAGCAUCUGCGUAUAUUGCUUUGGUAAUUUUUCAAUUUUCUUUACUUUUUCUUUUUGUUUAUCCAUUAUGGAAAUUAAGAAAAAAUCAUAAUGCAAAUGCCAGAAGAUUAAUGAAACGAAUUAAACGGUCUUCGAUCGCUACAACAAUAACAAUCUUUGCAAUGAUGGUUGGUCCUAUAAUUUCUAUUAUAUACAAUUCGUACUUUCACUUGAUAAUUUUUGAUUCGCUUGUACUGGAAUUCGUAAUCCUAGUUGCUACUAUCUGUGUCAUAGCUUCCUUUGAUGAAUGGAAACUGAGGUUGUUUCCCUUUGCUCAUCACGUCACAUUAGUUCAAGCUACAAUCACAGAUAGGCCUCACAGUCAUUCUUAUCAUAAUACUACUAUUUUCGGAUGAAUACAAAGAAAAUUAUUUGUAUCUGAGAUUGCCUCCCGUUUUGAUGUUCAUGGGAAAAGAAUUAUGAUAAUUAUCAUGUUAUUUUCCGUUUUUUAACUUUGCGCACAAUUUACGUGAAAAUAUCACUGUCUUUUUCUCAAGAAAUUUCCUUGAAAAAGGUUCCCCGACCUGGGUUGAAAUUACGAAUUUUGCUCUGC